AUGAUUCUAAACAUUUCACAACUUGAAAAUGAGCAUCCGACAACUUCGACAAAAAUUUCGAUCAAUGAAUAUCCCAUGGUGCAUUUUUCACCCAAAAGAGCGAUGCGGCUGAAAAAAUUGGAAUCGGAAGAGUUGGAGGAAGUUGAGGAGGAUUUUGAAGAUCAGGAGAUCCCCAGGGGCUCAAAAUCUACACGAUCUUCAUGCAGUUCUAAAGAUUCGGGAUAUAUUGGAUCAAAUUCGCCGAGAAGAAGUCGUGAUGGAUCAAUGGCUAGUUCUAUAACUACAAUUCGAAUCGAUCGGAAUGUUCAGAAAAAUAAGAAGUUCGAUGAGAAAAGUGAGAAUGCGUCGGAAUCGAGUUUUUCGUCGAUUUCAUCGACGGCUUCCAAAAUUUUGAGCCAAGCGGCGAAUUGUUUGAUUUUGAUGACGAAGAGGAAUGGAUGGAGUUAUGGUAACUUAUUGGAAAAAAAAAUGAGAGAGAGGGGGGCCUGGGAGGUCUAAAAUAUAAAAAAUUUGAGAUUUUUAGAGAUUUCUAGAAGUUCCCUGAAUUUUCUGGUUGAAUUUGGGUUUUCUGAAAAUUACAGAUGAAUUUUCAAGGUUUUCGAAAUUUUCAAAAAAAUUUUCCUAUAACUUAUAUCGAAAAACAAGUAUCAAAUUCAAUUUUUCUUCCAAAAAUUUAUGAAAUUUUUGAAACAGUAGAUUUUUUUUGUGAAAAAUAACUCUAUUGACAAUGAAAUAUCAAAUUCAAUUUUUUUCAUCCAAAAAUUUACGAAAUUUUUGAAACAGUAGAUUUUUAAUGAAUUUUUUAUGUUUUCUUUAAUCAAUUUCAUUUUUUAUUCCAAAAAUUUAUGAAAUUUUUGAAACAGUAGAUUUUUUUGUGAAAAAUAACUCUAUUGACAAUGAAAUAUCAAAUUCAAUUUUUUUCAAAAAAAUUUAUGAAAUUUUUGAAAAAGUGGAUUUUUUGUGAAUUUAUUCAUUGGAUUAUUCAAUCAACCGAAAUCAAUUUUUCAUCAGAAAAUUUAUGAAAUUUUUGGAACGUAAAUUUUUUUUGUGAAAAGUUACUUGAGACUUCCAUGGAAAUAUCAAAUUCACUUCUUUUUCAAAAAAAUUUAUGAAAUUUUUGAAACAGUAGAUUUUUUAUAAAUUCCUUUUUGAUGUUACGAUAAACGGAAAUAAUUUUUUCAUCAGAAAAUUCAUGAAAUUUUUGAAACAGUAGAUUUUUUGUGACAAAAUAACUCUAUUAAAGUACCAAUUUCAAUUUUUUUUCCAAAAAUUUAUGAAAUUUCCAAAAAUUUAUGAAAUUUUUGAAACAGUAGAUUUUUUUUUGUGAAAUUAUUGAUUGUAAAAAAUUAGUCUAUGGAAGUAUCAAAUUCAAUUUUUUCUUCGAAAAAUUUAUGAAAUUCUUGAAACAGUAGAUUUUUUAAAUGUUUUCUUUGAUCAAUUUCAUUUUUCCCCCAAAAAUUUAUGAAAUUCUUGAAACAGUAGAUUUUUUUUGUGAAAUUAUUUUGAUUGUGAAAAAUUAUCAGAGUUGUCUAUAUUGAAAACAUUAAAUUCAAUUUUUUUUUUUCAAAAAUUUAUGAAAUUUUUGAAACAGUAGAUUUUUUUUAUGAAUUUAUUCAUUGGAUUCAUCGAUCAACCGAAAUCAAUUUUUCAUUAGAAAAUUCAUGAAAUUUUUGAAACGUAAUUUUUUUUGUGACAUUUUUCAAUGUUUUCUUUGAUCAAUUUCAUUUUUUCCCCCGAAAAUUUAUGCAUUUCUUGAAACAGUAAAUUUUUUGGGAUAUUUAUAUUGGGAUUCACCAAUCAAUUUCAAUUUUUCUUACAAACAUUCAUGAAAUUUUUGAAACAGUAGAUUUUUUUUGUGAAAUUAUUUUGAUUGUGAAAAAUUACUGUUAUGGAAAUAUCAAAUUCGAUUUUUUAUCCAAAAAUUCGAAAAAAUUCCGGAAACAGCCUUGAAUGAUCUAUCAAGUUCCCAAAUUGUUCUCCAAAAAUUCAUUUAUUCUCUGAAACAGUGAAUUUUUUUGCAGCCGGCGGACCAGCUGACGAAGGAAAAGGUGGACAAUUAGACGGACAAUCAUGGACGACUGCAAUUCAGGCCGCAUUAAUGCCAGUCACACCACAAUCAAGUGUUGGUGGAAAAAAUAUGGCGAAGUUGAAAGUUCCGAUGGAAGGUUGGUGGAUUUGGGGAUUUUUGACCACAAAAUUAUGAAAUUUUGGAAUUUUUCAUGUUUUUUGACCUAAAAUUGUGGUUAAAUUUUGAGAGAACAGGAAAAAUAAGAUAAUAACAAUUCUGAAAAAAUCAACACAUUUUCCAGAAUUUUUGAAACAGUAGUUUUUUCAUAGAAAAAUUCAAAACAAUUUUCCUGUCUCAAACAUGUUUCUGGUCAUUUUGACAUGAAAAUUUGGAAUUUUUCAUUGAAAUUCAUGAUUCUUGACCUUAAGUUGAGAAAAAUUAAUUUUGAGAAUUCGAAAAAUGCCAUAAUAAGAUUUCUGAAAAAAUCAAAACAUUUUCCAGAAUUUUUGAAACAGUAAUUUUUUCAUAGAAAAAUUCAAGUUUUUUUCUGACUCAAAAUUGUCCAGAAAACAUGUUUUUAGCCUAUUAUUAUCUGAAAAUUUGGAAUUUUUCAUUGAAAUUGAUGAUUUUCAACCUGAAAUUGGGGAACAACGAAGUCAGUAAUUUGAUAAGAACAAUUCUGAAAAAAUCAAAAAAUUUUGCCCAAAUUUUGAAACAGUAAAAUUUAAUGAAAAUACCGAUUGUUACAAUUUUAUUUUCAAAAUUAUAUUUUGAAGUUUUGAAACAGUAAUUUUUUAGAGAAAAAAGGUAUUAGUCUUAAAAUUAUCCAAAAAUCAAGAUUUUUGGCUAUUUUUUAUUUGAAAAUUCGAGAUUUUCUAUCAAAAAUUGUGUUUUUCCACCUGAAAUUGACCAAAAAUCAAGAUUUUCGAGAAUUUCCCAUUUUUCACGUCAUCAACCUAUUUUUUAUCAAAAAUUUAUCAAAGUGAUAAAUAAUAUCUUUUUCUUUUUCUCUCUCUGUUUUUUUACACUUUGAACGAUUUUUUUCUGCAGAAAAAAUGGUUCCAGAACACUUGGAGAAUUGGGCGAACUUUUUGGGGAUUUUUUUGCAAAAAAAAAUUAUAGAAAAAUUUACUGUUUCAAGAAUUUUUGAGAAAUUUGGGGGUUUAAAAAUGUAAUAAUCCAUCGGAAAAUAAUGUGCAACUUUUUUCUCCCGAAAAAAAUCACUGUUUCAGAGAUUUUUUGAAGUUUGGAGAUUUAAAAAAUGUACUAAUAUAUCGCAAAUCAACGUGCAACUUUUUUCUCACAAAAAAAAUUCACUGUUUCAAAAAUUCUAGGAAUUUUUCUUGAUUUCUGGAAAUUUUGAUUAAACAGGAUUUUUUUAAUCAGGAAAAAAAAUUAAUUUUCGAUUUUUUCUCCCGAAAAAAUUCACUGUUUCAGAAAUUAUUGGAAGAUUUGAGGAUCUUUUGUAAUUUUUAAUGAACUUCCUAUCUUCAGUUCAGAAAAUUAACAAAACAAAAUUGAUUUUCAAUUUUGAAAAAAAUUCACUGUUUCAAAAAAUUCCAGAAAAUUUUCAAUUCUGAAAUUAUUUUCAAUAUGUAAAAUAAUCUGUUCUUCAAAAUUUCUGAAUGAAAAAAAUCACAGAAUUUUCGUACCCGAAUAUUUUACGUUUCAAAAAAUCCCGAAAAAAUUUUCAAAAUUCUUUUUUUGCAGGCGAAAAAGGUCACCUGGGAGCCCACAUUCAAACCGAACAAGAAUUUUCGCAACUCUAUCAAAUUUUCGCCGAAGAAAUAUUGGGAAGUGGACAAUUUGGCACAGUUUAUGGUGGAAUUCACCGGAAAUCUGGACAACAUGUGGCUGUGAAAUUGAUUGAUAAAUUGAAAUUUCCGCCGAAUAAGGAGGAUUUGUUGAGGGUGGAAGUCAAUAUUUUGCAGGUAUGGUUGAAGUACUAUACUAAUCUUGGAGAGUACUGUAGGGCAGGGAAAAAUUAAUUGAUUUUUUUUGAAGAAAAAAAUAUGUCAAUAUCUGCGAAUUUCUCAAAAAAAAAUUAUACAUUUUUUGAAACAGUAGAUUUUUUUUAUCAUAAACAAAUUUUUAAUGUCAAAAAUUCCAACAACAAAAAAUAUAGCAGUUUUGAAACAGUGAAUUUUUCAAAUUAAUUUUCAAAAUAUGGAAUCAAUUUUCAAAAAAUUCCUCUAAAAAUUAUGAAAUUUUUGAAACAGUAGAAUUUUUAUCCAACAAAAAAAUGUGCCAGGCUUGCAAAAAUUAGGCCACGCCCACUUUUUUCUGUAAUUUUUUUGAUCAAAAAUGCAGAAUUUGAAUUAUUCAAACUGAUCUUCCCUUCAACGUUGAAAAUUCCAAAGCCAAACAAUUAUAAAUUUUUUGAAACAGUAGAAUUUUUUUUAGAAAAAAUGAAAAAACACAGAGUUUUGGAAUUGAAUUUCAAAAAUUCCUCCAAAAAUUAUGAAAUUUUUGAAACAGUAGAUUUUUUCAUCGAAUAAAAAUGUGCCAGGCUUGCAAAAAAUUAGGCCACGCCCACUUUUUCUGUAAUUUUUGGAAUUGAAAUGCAGAAUUUAAAUUUUUAAAAGUGGAUCGUUGUUUUAACAUUGAAAAUUACAAAGCCAAAAAUUUAUGAUUUUUUUGAAACAGUGGAUUUUUUUUUUGAAAAAAAUUUAGAGGUAAAAUUUUUCAUCAUAAACUUAUGGUCAAUGUCAAAAAUUCCAACCACAAAAAUUUAUGGUUUUUUUGAAACAGUAGAAUUUUUAUCGAAUAAAAACUAUGCCAGGCCCGCAAAAAAUCAGGCCACCCCAAAUUUUUCUAAGAAUUUAAUUUGGAAUAAAAUUUCCAAAGAUCCUCCAAAAAUUAUAAAAUUUCUGAAACAGUGGAAUUUUUUAAAUUAAUUCUUAACGUAAAUUUUAACAUUUGGAAUUAAAUUUCAAAAAUUCCUCUAAAAAUUAUGAAAUUUUUGAAACAGUAGAUUUUUUGUUCAAUAAAAACUAUACUAGGCUUGCAAAAAAGAAUACAGUACCCCUCUCAUGUCUACAGUACCCCUCCAAAAUUUCUCCUAUUUUGCAGCAAGUCCAUCACCACGGCGUCGUUCAUUUCCUCCAAAUGCUCGAAACCACCGAUCGAAUUUUCGUGGUAAUGGAAAAAUUGAAAGGCGACAUGUUGGAAAUGAUAUUAUCCAGUGAAAAAGGCCGAUUAUCCGAGAGAACUACACAAUUCCUGGUUGCCCAAAUUUUGGAAGCUCUGCGAUAUUUGCAUCAUUUGAAUAUUGUACACUGUGAUUUGAAACCCGAAAAUAUUCUGCUGACUUCGAACAGCGAUUUUCCGCAAGUGAAGCUGUGUGAUUUUGGUUUUGCCAGGAUAAUUGGCGAGAAGAGUUUUCGGCGGAGUGUCGUUGGAACACCGGCAUAUUUGGCGCCAGAAGUUUUGCGAAAUAAAGGUUUCAAUCGAAGUUUGGAUAUGUGGAGUGUUGGAGUUAUUGUCUAUGUUUCACUAUCCGGAACUUUUCCAUUCAAUGAAGAUGAGGAUAUUAAUGAUCAAAUUCAAAAUGCCGAAUUUAUGUAUCCCGCACAACCGUGGAAAGAGAUUAGCGAGACUGCAAUUGAAUUUAUCAAUGGAUUGUUGCAGGUGAAAAUGAGCAAACGGUUUACGGUGUCGAAAGCGUUGUCGCAUAUUUGGAUGCAGGUUAGGAACAGGGUUUUGGGGAAAAUUGACCUUAAUUUAGGUCAGUUUGGAGACUUUUUUUGACCUUAAACCUUAAAUUCCUUAAAAAUUGAUCUAAAUUUAGGUUAUUUUUGGGAGUUUUUUGACCUUAAAAAGAGUAUUUUAUCAAAUUUUCAAAAAAAAAUUAUCAAAACUUCUAGAAUUUUUGAAACAGUGAACAUUUUUCUUGAAAAAUAUUUAUAAAUAUUUCACUGUUUCAAAAAUUCAAUAUUUUUUCGGGGAAAUUUUAUAUUCAUUCGGGGAAAAAAUAAUUGAACGUUUUUUUUGGAAAAAAUUUUACAAAAGUCAAAAUUCAUCGAAAACUUGGAAAACUGUCGAAUUUUCAAGAUUUUUUUGAAACAGUGGAAAUAUUUUUGGAAAAAAAAAUUGUUUUUUUUUUUGAAAAAAUUGUUUUUUCUAAAUUUUGGGGAUUUUUCGAUCACAAAAAAUUCACUGUUUCAAAAAUAAUUUACAAUUUUUGUGGGAAAUUUUAGAAUUCGCUGUGAGCUUUGCUAGUGCCAUUCGAAAAUUAUGAAGAAAUCAGAGAUUUUACAAAUUUCCACCCAAAAAUCUCUAAUUUUUUCCAGCGCUACCUAAAUUUGACCUUAAAUUCACUAAAAAUUUACCAAAAUUUAGGUUAUUUCUGAUACUUGUUUGACCUGAAAUUAACCGAAUUUCACGCUGAGAUGAGUAGAACGUUAUCAAAUUUUUAAAAAAUUAUCAAAGUUUCCAAAAUUUUUGAAACAGUGAACAUUAUUCUCGAAAAAUCUUUGAAAGUUUGUUAAAUUUUUCACUGUUUCAAAAAUUUUAUAUUUUUUUCGGUGAAAUUCAGAUAAUUGAUACUUAAUUUGGUGAUUUUCAAUAAAAGUAAAAAUCAAAGCUUUUAAAAAAUCAUUAAAUUUUCCGGAAUUUUUUGAAACAGUAAAAAAUUGUGGAAACUUUUCAUGUUCAAAAUUUUUUUUGAAAAUUUUUCACUGUUUCAAAAAUUUUAUAUUUUUUCUGGUGAAAUUUGAUGCCAAAUUGAAAACCCAUCAAAAACUUGGAAAAAUGUCGAAUUUUCAAGAUUUUUUUGAAACAGUGAAAAUAUUUUUAAGUUAAAAAUAUUUUUUUUUCUGAAAAAAUUGGUUUUGAACUAAUUUUGAGGAUGUUUUGAAUACAAAAACUUUACUGUUUCAAAAAUAGUUUACAAUUUUUGUGUGAAAUUUUGUAAUUCGCUGUAAGCUUUGCUAGUGCCAUUCAAAAAUUAUGAAGAAAUCAAAGAUUUGUCAGAUUUCCACCCAAAAAUCCCCAAAUUUCUUCCAGCGCUACCUAAAUUUGACCUUACAUUCACUAAAAAUUUACCCAAAUUUAGGUAAUUUCUGAUACUUUUUUGACCUGAAAUUAACCGAAUUUCACGCUGAGAUGAGUAGAACGUUAUCAAAUUUUUAAAAAAUUAUCAAAGUUUCCAAAAUUUUUGAAACAGUGAACAUUAUUCUCGAAAAAUCUUUGAAAGUUUGUUAAAUUUUUCACUGUUUCAAAAAUUUUAUAUUUUUUUCGGUGAAAUUCAGAUAAUUGAUACUUAAUUUGGUGAUUUUCAAUAAAAGUAAAAAUCAAAGCUUUUAAAAAAUCAUUAAAUUUUCCGGAAUUUUUGAAACAGUAAAAAAUUGUGGAAACUUUUCAUGUUCAAAAUUUUUUUGAAAAUUUUUCACUGUUUCAAAAAUUUUAUAUUUUUUCUGGUGAAAUUUGAUGCCAAAUUGAAAACCCAUCAAAAACUUGGAAAAAUGUCGAAUUUUCAAGAUUUUUUUGAAACAGUGAAAAUAUUUUUAAGUUAAAAAUAUUUUUUUUUUUCUGAAAAAAUUGGUUUUGAACUAAUUUUGAGGAUGUUUUGAAUACAAAAACUUUACUGUUUCAAAAAUAGUUUACAAUUUUUGUGUGAAAUUUUGUAAUUCGCUGUAAGCUUUGCUAGUGCCAUUCAAAAAUUAUGAAGAAAUCAAAGAUUUGUCAGAUUUCCACCCAAAAAUCCCCAAAUUUCUUCCAGCGCUACCUAAAUUUGACCUUACAUUCACUAAAAAUUUACCCAAAUUUAGGUAAUUUCUGAUACUUUUUUGACCUGAAAUUAACCGAAUUUCACGCUGAGAGGAGUAGAAUAUUAUCAAAUUUUUAAAAAAUUAUCAAAGUUUCCAAAAUUUUUGAAACAGUGAACAUUUUUCUCGAAAAAUCUUUGAAAAUUUGGAAAAUAUUCCACUGUUUCAAAAAUUUCAUAUUUUUUCGAGGAAAUUUUUGGAAAUUUGAUAAUUGUGUUAGUAGAACUAUGAAAUUUCGGUGAAAAAUGGGCGUGGCCUAAUUUUGUUCUUGCAAACCUGGCACAGUUUUUAUUCAACUGUAGAAUUUGCAAUUAAUUUUGAUAAUUGAAAUUUGAAAUUUAUCGAAAAUUUUGAAAAAUGUCGAAUUUUCAAGAUUUUUUGAAACAGUGAAAAAUUUUGGAAAUGUUUUUAUGUUCAAAAUUUUUUUUCAAUAUUCCACUGUUUCAAAAAUUUUAUAUUUUUUCGGGGGAAUUUUAGAAAUUUGAUAUUAGUCGUGGUGUCAAUAACGAUUUUUUAACCAGAAAAUAUGUGUUGGAGUUUUUUUUUCGAUCACAAAAAAUUCACUGUUUCAAAAAUAAUUUACAAUUUUUGUGGGAAAUUUGGACAUAAUCAACAACCUCUAUUCCCAAUAAACGUCAAAAAUCUUGAAAAAAUUCAAAUUCCCACCAAAAAAUCCCCAAAUUUCUUCCAGCGCUACACCUUGUGGUCAGAUUUGCGAGUUCUCGAAAAACAAGUUGGCGAAAGAUAUGUGACACAUGAAAGUGAUGAUCCGAGAUGGAAAGAAUAUGAAAGAGAUAACAAUUUGACACCAGUUUAUGUGUAG